GAAGACUUCUCUCGGGUUGAGAGCCGGAAAAAGGCCAUCGCCUUCCUUGACAACCCGGAGCUUCUCAUGAUGCACGCGCAAUCCACAGGCGAGAGCAUCGCAGCUGCUCGUCUUCACUUCACAAAAAUGCUUUGCGGCUACGACGAGGAAUAGGCAAUGCAUGCGACCGCGCGUCCUACCCUCUUACACUCUCGUCGAAUCCAUCACCAUUCCUCGAAGAACUGCAGGGCUGGAGCGAGCCCCAACCCACGAGCCGGCCCCAACUUACACAGAAAUCCAUCAACCAACAAUAACACAUUAUGUUUCGUCCUAUUCCCUGGCUGUGGGACCUCGUCCCUAGCCUUGACAUUCGCGCAACAAAGAAGUCCUUCACUAUCACCUUUGGCAACAAUAAGCUCCUCCAGACAGAGUCUCCCACCAUCGUCCGCUUAGGCCAUCUCUCAUUCGCAAUACGGGACUUCUUAUCCACGACCCUACGCAAUGCGCGCAUGCAGCGAGCCCUGCUCAAACGAAGCUAUCAAAAACACCAGGGGCAAAUCAUCACCAUCACCCCAACGGCCUGGUGGAUCCUACUGUCCAUCACCGUUGUUUUCUAUCCCCUCGCCUUCGCCAGCAUUGCCAUGGUGUUCUGGCUACUUGCCACCUGGCUGGUACUGUACGUAACCUACGAAGCGGCCCAAAUCAUCGCCCGGGUCACCCGCAGGCUGCUGGACGGCCCUGUCCAGACCUUUGUCUCUGUCAUCUGGAAUCUCUCCCGCGGCGCACAGCCCUUGCCGGUGGCAGAUGCGCCGGGGGAAAGAAGCGUUCCGCCACGCAUACUGUUGAACAUACAACCAAGCACGCCAGAGGGCGGACUACAAAGUCCACCCAGAUACGAACAGACGAGUCCAUCGCGGUGUGAACAACCAAUCCAACCAUGGUUUGAACCGCCAAACCCACCGAGAAGCAGACCGCCGUCUUACUCGGGUCCGUUAGUGUCGGAGAGCGCUGAAGACAUGGUCAUAAAGCACAAGCACCGACCCCGACAAACCAGCAUCCACCCCCUACCGAAGGCACGGAGGAGAGCGAUCAAAGCCAUCAUGAGUCGGAGAGUUCUGGAGGGAAACUAAUGGGCUGAUAAGAUUUUGCGAGAGGUGUGUCCGUAUUCAGCGUCAGCGAUUGUGAACAUUCAUUUCGAGAAGGCCUGGCCUGAAAGGGGGCGGGGAUAAAAAAACGUCAAGAAUAGGCAGGAACACGAGAGUAAUGAAUUAACUGAGCAACGGCAUUCGUUUUUCCAUUAGCCAGUCUCAAGCGGUGUGUUCCAUGUUUGGCGCCCGCUGUAUACCUUAGACAGUAUUUUGCGAUAUCCCUUUCCACCCACUCAAAUUCCCUAAAAGGAUCAAGUCACACCAAGACAUGCACAGCUGAGUAAUUAGAAGCUCGAAUCUUUGCACUAUUAU